CAUUCGUCGAGAGAAGCAACUCGAUUGGAAGCGAGAACGGAGAUUACGACGAGAACUCUCCUAACUUAAAGCCAAUUUGACCUAUUUUCUCUCGUCUUCCGUUCCAGAUCUCUGCACACCUUCACAAUGGCCAAAACUGAUGAAGAGAAAAUUGUUGAAAUAAUUAGCGCCACUGAAGAAGUUGCUGAUGAGAUUUUGGUUAACAAACAGGAACUAGUUGAAUUGGAUAAGAGACGACAGUAUACAAGAGAAGCUAUCAGAGAGAUUGAGAAGAAUUGUAUGGAUGAGAAGAAAUUGUGGAUUACUUUGGGGAGUACAUUGGUUAAAAUGGAAAGACAAACGGCUUUGGAAAUGUUAAAAAAUGAUCAAGUUGUUAUUGAUGCUGAAAUUAAUAAAAUUCGUUCAGAUCAGAAAAUUCUGGUGAAUAAGCAUCGUGAUUUGGAGCAAUUGUCUCCGUAUUCGGGAAGCAAUUUAAAAGCUAUGAGCAAAAAAGAUUUUGAUGCUUUAAAGGCGAAUUUACCAUUUUUGUGAAUCAC